AUGAGAGGAGAUGGAAUGAGUGACUGUCGGCUCUUUGUGGCAACAGCGGUGGCUUCAGCAGUAGAGGAUGGUGGUGGCUUGCAGGAGAGCAUCAAGGAGAGUAAAAAUGCAGGAAGUGACUUGGAGUCUGAAGACGGCGGUGAUGGUGUGAAUUAUAGUGCGAAUUAUGUCAUGGACACAGUAUUUCCAACGUUUGAUGAUGCAGUUAAAUGGGCGGAUGCUGUUUCCAUAAAUCUGGGAUUUAUUUUGGUUAAAUCGUCUUACAACAAAACCAGAGAUGGUCGGCCGUAUCGAUAUUUGAGAUGUGAUCAGGGACGGAAGAGCAAGCCGAGAGAUUUUGAGAACGCAAUACGAGAGGACACAAAAACCAAAGCUAAUGGUUGUCCUUUCUACAUCAAGAUAUAUUAUGAAUUCAUCACAGACGGUUGGAAGAUCCGUGCAAAAAAUGAUGAAACUGGGACCUAUAACCAUCCAAUGAUUGUGUAUCAGGAGGGUCAUCGUAAAAUUAGUGGCUUGAGCCCGGAUGCAAAAAAGGUUGUGUGUGACAUGACAAAGUCCAAGGUUGCACCGCGUAACAUCAUGGCAAUUAUUGCAGAGCAAUUUCCUGAUGAUCAUCCAAACAUCAGACACAUUUACAAUUGUCGGAAUGACUUGAGAUCGGAGAUGUCUAAAGGCAGAGGAGUUGUUCAACAAUUUUUUCAUUUGGCGAGACAGAGUCAGUAUAUUUACUGGGUCAUGGCCGAUGAACUUGACGAUCUACAACAUGCAUACCGUGAACUUGGCCUCUGUGCGGCAUUGAGAGAAGUGUUUCCAGGGACGUCACACUUACUUUGUAGUUGGCACAUUAACAAAGCUGUGGAUGCUAGGGUGACUGAUAUGUUCAAAAAUAAUAAGAUCGGUGCGAGUUUUAAAAAUGGCAAACGAAAACGCAUCAUGGAUGCUACAACCGAGGCGGAUUAUAAUGUUGCUGUAGAUACAAUGAAAGCUAGGUGGGCAAGUUAUCCGGCAGUGAUUACUUACGUUGAGAGAACAUGGCUUUGUCAUAAAAUCAAAUUUGUGACAUUUUGGAUGAACCAAGUUCUUCACUUUGGUAGCACGAGUAGUUGUAGAGUUGAGAGCCAACAUUCGACAGUGGUGAAGACGUGGUUUGAAUCAUCGACAAGUUCUUUAGAUACCGUAUGGGCCCGAGAACAUUGUCAUAUUGGUAAUCAGAUCAUUGCAAUUCGUAAUGGCUUGGAGGCAUCAAGAUCAAAAAUUGGUGAGAAGUACAGACAAUUGCCAUUGUCACGUAUAAAUGGCAAAAUACAUGAUUUGCUAGUUGCACAGUCAGGCUUGUAUAUCAGGCAAAUUCAUCCAUUUUGGAAGACCUUGGUUAUUGGUGAUGGUGUUGAUAUACUUGUGUUCGUUAACGAUUCAACCGAGGAAGCUGCACAUUUUUCGUUCCCUGAGGAGCUGCAUCCGGAUCAUACAAACCUUGAAGAACCACAUGUAAAACACAAUGUUCGAGGUCGACGAAGGAACAAUGAUACCAGGCGUGAUCCUUGUUAUUUCGAACACGUAAACCGUCGAAACACUCAACGUGGUACACAACAAACAUGUACGACCUCAGAAGAUCAAUGUGACAUCAGUCAAUGCAGGCAUUUGCACUUGCUUCCAGGGCCGAUGUUGCCUUACAUCACAGCAUGGAAGGAUAUCAUUGGUGAUGGAAACUGUGGCUUUCGUUGUGUGGCUGACUUCUUCUUUGGUGAUCAAGCGCAAUGGUUCACCGCUCGGGAAAUAAUAGCAAACGAGGUCGCCGCUCAUCCAAUGUUGUACGAAAGGAUUUACGGGAUUGGAAGGGUUUGGAUGAAUGCAGAACGUAUUCGAUGGGAUGGUGAGGCGGUUGAUUCACGACAUUAG